AUGGGAAAACUCGUCAGACUCAUCGGCUCAGGUAUCGGCGCAGGCAUCGACCUUGCCUCCGAAGCCAUUUCCUCAGCCCGCAACAAACAAUCCAACAUAUCCGAGCAUGAUACGCCUUCGCGCGAUCUGACGAUAGACCAAAGCAGCGAAUUUGUUUUCACGGACGAGAAGGCAGCUGGCACACUCGUUAGCGGGGGCUACGCAGAGUUGCCAGCCGAGUCGCACAUCCACCAGCAUUACGCAGAGCUCCCUGCCGGCAGCGAAGCCCUUCUUUACGGACAAUACGCAGAGCUACCCGCCGGUGAUGAGCCAUCUCUCCCCCAAAACUCACAACUGCCUGCCAUUCCCGUGAAGCUGGAAAAUGAGCCUUACGCCAGCAUCCAAACAAUUCACCGUGAGAGUAGCGAUCGACCUACCCUUUCCGACGGCAAUGAACAAGUCUACAGCCAGGAUCCACACCGGUCCGUAAUUCCUGAGAAUCUCCAUAUACAAACUGCCGCCGGCAAUGACACAAUCUACCACCAAGAUAUUCACCUCCACGCAGUUCCCGAGAAAUUGACUAUACAACCUACCGUUGGCUGUGAAACAUUUCACAACACGAAUAUGGUCAAUCCGGCUAGUUCUGAGAAGAUGUACAGCCAAUAUUCAGAAGAUCAGUAUCCUGGAUUGGAUAAGGAAAUAAGACCAUCCCGCGGGACAGAACGCGACUUGGACGUGUAUAGCGAAUCAAAUUACUCGAUUGAUUUGGACCGCGAAAUUGAUCAAACCGAGCAAGUCUGGAAAUUGGAUGAGACAACUCAGCGUGAUCUGCCGCCAAAUUAUGAAGAAUUUCCACAUGGUGUCACUUAUGCAAACGAGAUAAAUCACGCGCAGGAAUGCGAGGAUAUGAUUCGGGAACUUGCGCAGAUGGCAGGACCAGCGAUUUCUACGCAUCGUAUUCCUUGUCCUGUUGCCAUUCCUCAGCGCAGGCCUGGGUACAAGUAUCGUGGUUUUGUGCGUGCCUAUGCGCCUGUCUUGGCCGGCUGCGGUAUCUCCUCGGAUUUGUUUUUGGAGUUCCUGGAGGACUUUUACCAAGCUAGCCAGGCUUCCGAGUGGCUGGAUGUUGUCAGUAUCGCAGCAGAUAUCGGAGACCGCAACAAGGCCGCAUAUAUCACAGAUCAUGUUGUCCAAGUCGUGGCAGGAACAAUUGCUUCUCGUGACCGUGCAAACACUUUCCUCGGUCGAGUCAACCAAGAAAUUCUCAUGCCUCGGGGUCUCUACGCUAUGGUAGUGGAGUUCAAAGACGAAGUUCCCAGCCAAGACCAAGGGCCGCUGAGUCUGCUUUCUCUAAAGCUCCGCAAGACACUAUUUGCGGCAGAAGGUAUCGCAAUCAGCCAAUUAGCGAGCAAUUCCAACACCAACACCGGACACCCUCAUGGUCGAAUUCAACUACCUAAGAUUGCGCCGUUAGAAUUCCCCGAUUUAGACCAGGAAGCCAAGGUCACAGAGUCCGCUAUGGCUGCUCCCAAGUCAAAACAUACCAGCUUGGUCUCCCGCUACCAACAACACAAGCAAUCCUGUGACAAUGGGAAACUGAUCACAAUGCUUUCGGGAGGCAGGCUGGGGACCAAGCCCGGGUUGAUUGAGCGAGCCACGACGUCAAUCAAAAAUUCAGAAUAUGUGAACCCAAGUCGGAUAUCAGGGUCCACAGGAGACAAAUCGGGAAAUAAGUCAAGCCUAAUUGGGCUCGCUGCGAAUUCAUUUAUGGAGCAUAGAAACACCAAGCGGAUUCGAGAUGAAUCAUCUCGAUGCGGAAUCAAAGAGCAAUGGCAGAAGAACCGCGGUGUGAAAUCUCCCGACCAUGCUACGAAGGCUCUGCAGCGAAAUGUGCAGUAUUUGAUGAUUGUCAAUACCCCCACCCAAGAAGAAAUGGAGCAAUCGCUGUAUCAACUGGAUUUGCUUGUGCAACAGGCUGGGCCGCGUGCAGCACGGGGUCGCAGGUCUUGA